GUUUUUUUUUUUUUUUUUUUUAAUUUACUUUUGGACUUUUUCUUUCUUCCCGCUGGCUUUCAGCGAUGGCCUCGGAUUGCUUCAUGCUCCCGGUUGCAAAUUGGUUUGAGUUUCCACUUUAAACUGCAGUUGGGGUCGUGAGCGUCGAUUAUUUAGCUGGUAGAGUUGACACUUGGCUGUUGAAUGAGGGGAGAUGAAGAAAAAACUCUAGUCUGCAUCUGGAAAUCUUGCGUGGUUUUCUGUUUUCGGAGUUUUUCGCGGAUAGGUAGCUUGUCCGCUUUACGGCCGUCAGAGAUAUUAGGGUCUAUCUACACUCCCAACCUUUUAGAGACAAUGCACUCGGGACCUUGUUGAUUACGCAUUCCCCUUCUCAAGCUCCUCUAAGAAGCAAUCUUUCUUAAGGUCGACUGGUUGUGAAAAGCUAUCAAAUUGUCGUCAAUUUAGAGCUUCGAAAGGUAUUAUCGAGCAAUUCUCUCGCUACUAACAGACUUGCUGGCGAUGAAAAUGCUAAGAGCGUCAACGUUGAUAAACAUAGGCACACCUCUCUUGCAAUGACCAGUCUUUACGAGAGUUGAUAGUGAUUGGCAGGUUACAAAUGAUCUUUACGGAAUAAAGAAAAGGAACCCAUAACUCGUGUCAAGAGAUGCGUUGACCGAGCUGAAUAUCUGGCAGCCGCUUCGUUUUGGAUUGUGGUCGACACUUCACACCUCCAGGGAUCUCUAAAAAAAGGCAUUCAAUAGCUCUUGCGCUGUAAAGCUCCUUUUCGCGACUUUCAUCAUUGAGCAGUAAUCCACCACCGGGCACAAAAGUCGUUCACAGUCGGCUGAUCCGGUCGAUACGUGGGAUGAGAUUCUACACUGUUGUGUCAAGUCCUAGCUCCUGUCGUCUGUUUUGGUCAUUCUGUUUUUAGCAUUGCGAGUUAGGUCUCACGCUGCUUUUCUGUCCUUUGGGUCUUUUCCACGAACUUCCUUCUUCGUCCGUUCCCUCAUCUGAAGUAUCCCGAGAAACUCUCUUCUCUUCCUUUCUGGCCCUUCCCCAUACAUAGUUAGUCUCAAAAUGCUGUUGUCGGCAGUGAAGCUCCGGAGGCAACCACUCCAGCUGUCUUUAAGUUUGUGAUUCUCAUAUUGGGAGGAAGCUCUGCAAAGCUGCGAACGUAACUCAUCCCAAUCUUUUUGCUCCUGAGUUAUUCCGAGUUUCCACAGGUCCUCACCCUCAGCGCUCCCCUUCAUCUCAUUCACACACAGGGUGGGUGUUUCUUGUGCGUUUUACCACUGCGGUUUCAGUAGGUCUCGUCAACGUGGUCACCGUAUAGUCGGGGUGUCUCCAACAAUUUCAUCCUUGAUGAGGUGAAGAGAGACAAAUCCCUCACAUGGGGUCAAAAUCAUAUGAUUAAUCAUGAUGGUCGCUUCCGCUUGAGUGGGUCAUCUUGUCUGAUGUUUUUCAAGGUUUGCCGAAGCUCGACGGCGGAUGAUGAUGCUCACAGAGGGAGCGACAAGAGAAUCAUGCCAAGCUUACGGAAUCCCUUCCAAAAUCAAGCGCGGAAGGACUCAAAAGCCGUUAAUGCUGCCCCCCAAUCGAAAAAUGCAUCCUCUGCAGGCGCAAAUGUCACGAAGAAGACUUCCAAAAAGGUGACAACCCACAUUGGAAGGAUUGGUGCACGUAAAGACUUUCUUAAGGUGACUACACAAGGACUAGGAAGUGAAGGGUUUUACAGUAAUCCAGAGAGCCUGCCUUCGCUCGAGACAGCCUACAAAAAUUUUAAGCAGGUUUAUCCUAGGUUUUCGGAAACUGUAGCUGUGGAUCGGCUUCGGGAGCGUGAAUAUGGACAUUUGGCGGAGGGGGAGCAUGUAUGCUUCGAUUACAGCGGAUUUGGCCUUUUCUCACAUUGGCAGCAGGUUUUUCAACGGGGGAGCUCGUCGUUUAAUUUGGCUUACAUUUCUGCCAAUCUUCCAACUCAUGCCCUUUACGGCACAGCUGAAGAAGGCACGGUGGAAUCUUAUAUCAGAACACGGAUCAUGAAUUAUAUGAAUUUAAGCGAUUCAGAUUACAGCAUGGUGUUUACAGCCAGUCGAGUAACAGCAUACAAGCUUCUGGCCGAAUCCUACCCCUUUCACUUGAAUAAUAGACUGUUGACAGUCUACGAUUACGAGAGUGAUGCUGUUAGCUGCAUGGCCGAGACAGCAAAGGAGAAGGGUGCUAAAAUCAUGAAUGCAUCAUUCAAAUGGCCCAAUUUGAAAGUUUCUGCCGCUGAUUUGAAAUAUAAGCUGCAGGAUAAGAAAAAGAAGAAAGAUCAGACUGCGAAGGGACUGUUUGUAUUCCCCGUUCAGUCUAGAGUCACGGGGGCAAAAUACUCGUACCAAUGGAUGUCGCAAGCACAGGCAAACAAAUGGCAGGUUCUUUUGGAUGCCUCUGCUUUAGCUCCCAAGGAUAUGGAUUCACUUGCCCUCUCUCUUUUCCGCCCUGAAUUCAUAGUCACAUCCUUCUACAAGGUUUUUGGAGCCGACCCGACAGGCUUUGGGUGCUUGUUUAUAAAGAACUCUGUCAUUCAAGAUCUGCACAACUCAGAUCGUGCACGGGGUGUGGGGAUGGUUCGAAUUAUUCCGUCAGCGGUUUCGAAUGUAUCGCUUGCAAGAGGUGAAGGGCAGCAAGGAGAUCCAGAGCGCUUGCCAGACAUUUACGAGGCCGAUACAGAGCAAUACUUGGAUGCUUCUGAUUAUGUCGAUCCUGUGAGUGCUUUCUCCGGUCCAAUAUCUCAAUCUUACGUGAACAGCGUCAGAGAGAAGGCCAUACUGAAAAGGAUCACUGCUUCCGGUAGAGACAUGAACAUUGCAGGGUUUGAUGAUGCAUCUGCGCGAAGUUCUUUACCUUUUGAGAACGAAGAAGAAUGGGAUGAUCGUUUGCAUGGAGAAAGCCACAGUGGAGCGUGGAGUGUUAGAAAUGACGAGGAUUUUGUUACUCGAGGCGUUUUGCCAGGAAGAGAUCCUGGAAGUGGUGAAAUUGAGGAGGAACCCUCCGAGCCCAUCUUUCCGCUGACCCGGAGAGACCACAAGUCUGGAAGGCAGUUUGCGUCCAUUUCUAAAGAAAGUGAUGCUCUUUCCUCACAGGGUGUGGAAUGUUCUUCCAAUUCUGAUAGAAACUUACAUGAAGCAACUACGGAGGAUGAUGGAAGGGUUUUGAAGAAACUUGAUGUAGUCUUGUCUUCCAGGAGUGAUAACAACCGAUUCUUGAGUAGGAUACAAGAGGAGGAACCUGAUGAGAGUGUUUUUGUCUCCCAACCACAUGCAGAAGAUUCAACAGAAGCCCUUCGCCACAGGACUGGUGGUAAUGGGUCACAAACAUCUGGUAGUCCACUUUUUCACAGUCCUGAAUCUACUGACGGGUUCGAGGACAGACCCGAACAAAGCCUCCAAGAGUCUGAUCAGAAUCUGGAUACAGUUUUGCAUGAAAAUGAGGGUAACAGAGUUGGAGCAAGGUCAGAAGCCGAUAAACUAGAGUCGAGCAUAAUGUCGAGGGAUAACCAUGAUUAUGUCUUGAGAGAGGGGAGGGAUGUAGAUAGCUUUUUUGAAGAAGUGAGAAUACGAUCUGCUGAGCUUGAAGAUCUCAAUGGGUUAGACUAUUAUCUGAGUUCUGGUGGUGCAAAUGGGCGGCGUUUACAAUCAUGGAGCCCUGGGGAGGGUAGUAGCCAGUGGGAAGCUCAAUAUGCAAUGUCGGAGGAGGGAUCACCCAUGUACUUUAAUGAUGACAUUGGGAACAUGGGGUCAAGAAACGAUGAAAUGCUUGAUGAAGCAGGCCCUGUUAUAUGCAGUGGUUUAGACCAUGCGGACUCACAGGGCCUCAACAGAACUAAUCUUAGACUAAGGUUCUUAAUCAAUUGGCUUAUAAACGCUCUUCUAAAACUACGGCACCCGUCACAAAUGGAUACGCAGGGGACGAACUUGGUGCAUAUUUAUGGUCCAGAAGUGCACUUCGACAGAGGUCAAGCGGUGGCAUUUAAUCUAUUUGACUGGAAUGGAGUACCUGUCAAAGCAGAGCUCGUUCAGCGCUUGGCUGAUAGGAAUAACAUCUCCUUGGGUCUCGGUACCCUUUGCAACAUUGUCUACCCCGAAGGCUCCACCGACCUUGCUGGGUUAUGGUUGAACAAACCUGUCGAGAGUGGAAGCAACAAUGCAGCAGGCAAAGCAGACCCACCUCGAGUUUCAAACGCCAGCAAGCACGACCGUCCCUCAGAAAUUCCGGUUGUGACUGCAGCCCUUGGCUUUGUGUCUACUUUUGAGGAUGUGUACAGAUUAUGGGCCUUUGUGGCCAAAUUUUUGGAUGCUGAUUUUGUUAAGCGUGAGGAGUGGUUAUACCAUUCAAUCAACCAGGAGAUUCAUGUUAUUUAGAGGAUUAAUCAAUGUCUAGACACACGUUUACAUUAGGAUGAGGCGCUCAGUUGAAAUAACCAUGAUUAUUUCAUUGCUACUAUAUUUGUUGAUUGAGAUUUUCCUCUUCUUCAAGAUGUCCAGUGAUGCUUGCAUAUAUUAGUAAGAAUCAGCAUGCUGAUACUUACCGUGCA